AUGACCGGCGUCAUCGAGGCGCUGCAUAUCUACGACGAGCACAACUCCCUCGUGUUGUCGCACACAUACACCUCGCGCCCGCUCGCAGCGACAUACCUCCUCCCGCUCUAUCUCGCCCACCCGGUCCCGCGCCCCAACCUGAUCCACCUCCCCAACACGAACCCCCCCACGCUCGUCUUCAGCCUCACUCACGCCAACCUCCUCUUCCUGCUCACCACCUCGUCCGAGGUCGAGCCUCUGCUGAUCCUCGAGUUCUUGCACCGCGUGGUCGACGCCCUCGAGGAGUUCCUCGGCGCCCCCUUGCUCGCCCACAAGCUCGAGGCCUCGUACGAUGUCGUCGCCCAGCUCCUCACCGAGCUCUGCGACGCGGGCACCGUCUCCACCACCGAGCCCAACGCCCUGCGCGACCUGGUCGAGGUAGAGGGCUUCAUGGACAAACUGCUGGGCAACCUCAACCUGCCUACGCCCGCAUCUACUACCACAGGCAUUGGCAGCAGUAGCAAUAGCAGCAUUAGCGGCACCGCCUUGUCGUCCUCCUCCUCCCUGCCCCGACGCACCGCGUCCCCUCUGGGCCAAUUAGGACCCGCGGCGCCGGCCCUCCCCUGGCGCCGCGCAAACGUCCGCCACACAUCCAACGAGCUUUACGCUGACAUCAUCGAGUCCCUGCGUGUCACGCUCGCGCCCUCAGGAAGGCCACUCGCGGCUUUCGCCCACGGCACCAUUGCGUUUACGUCUAAAGUCUCAGGCGUGCCCGAUCUCAUCAUGACGCUUACUGCUCCCGGUAGUGGUGGUGGUCGGAAAGGAGGGGGUAGUGGAGGGGGUUUGGCGGGGAUGGUGGAGCUGCCUGUGUUCCACCCGUGUGUGAGGCUCAACCGCUGGCGGGAGCAGCCUGGUGUGCUGAGCUUUGUGCCGCCGGAUGGGAGGUUUAUUCUGGGCGGGUAUGAGGUGGAUUUGAUGCCGGGGUUUUCGGAAAAGGAUGGGGUGUCGUUGCUGGGGCUGGGCCAGGGGAGUGGGUUGAGGUUGCCUGUGUCGGUGGAGGUCAAGACGGGGUUGGGGGUGGCUGGGGCGGAUUUUGAAGUGAGGGUGUCGGUGAAUAGGGUGUUUGGCUCUACGGGUGCGGGUGGUGGGGGGCAAAGUGGGUGGGGAGGAGCAGGGCUGGGCGGUGGCGGGAGGGGUUUUGGUGUUGGUUUGCCGCAAGCUGGCACGCCGGCGUCGCCGGCGCUGCAGGACCUGGUGGUCACGGUGCCGCUGCCGGCGGACGUGAGGAAUCUGUCCGAGAUUAGGCCUACGAGAGGCGACGCGACCUACAACCCUGGCGACCGGGCGCUGGAGUGGUCCAUCUCGAACAAGGAGUUGGCCCAGGGGACGACUUCGUUUGCGCUGCGGUGUACAGUCGUGGGGCAGAUGGUGGACGACGAGAUUGAGGACUCGGACCCGACUGGGUUCGGGUUCGGUACAGGCGGGGAUGCAUACACGUACGACGAGCUGUAUCAAAGUUCACCACAAUCGGCGAUGAAACCGACCACGGACGCUGGGGCAGGAGAAAGGGAUGAGCGGCGGACGGCGCAGAACAAAAUCCUGAUGCCCAGCUCCGCCUCGGUCAGCUUUGCCGUUAAGGGCUGGCUCGCCAGCGGCAUCAAGGUGGAGAGUCUCCAGCUGGACCCAAGGAGGAGUCGGGGCCUGGGUGAGGGCGUGAAACCGUACAAGGGGGUCAAGUACCUCACAGUUAGCAAGGGGGGUGUCGAAAUUAGGUGCUGA